AUCGGAGUUAGAUGGGCGGGUUUAUGGCCUUCUCCACGGCAGGCAUGUUAGGGUAGUCUCAGUUUGCUCAAGUUUUGUCGCUGUUUGGUUUUUAAUUUUUGUAACUUGGGAGUCGUUUUAUUAUUAUUUUUUUAAAGGUAUAUUUUUAUGGGUUAUAGAAAAUUAAUAGAACGUAGUUGUUUUGUUUCAGAACUGCGAUGGAAUGAAAUACAAAAACAGAAGACAAACUGCUGGGGGAAAAAAACCCAUCAACACAGCAUGUUCGCGUGAAGUGGAAUGAAUCACACAGACAAUGCGUGGAUUUAAACCAGCUGCUACGCGUUCUGGAUACGAAACGUGAGGUUGCUUCAUAGCUGUGUAACGGACUUUGCUUGCAUUUCACAGUGCAGAAUCGAAACUGCGUUUUUUUGGGGUUUCGCUGCAGCCGGCAGGAGUCGAAGAGGCUACGUAGUUGUACAGCUGUCGUGUGAGUCAUUACCACAACAAACCUCUGUGAAAACAACUCAACAUCACUUCGUGUAUUUACAACGAGAUUUAAGAAGUACGAAACACGCAUUGAGAAGGGAUUAACUACUGUUAACUAAGAGAAUGACAGCAAAGGCGAUUUUAAACGAGACUUAAUAACAGAUGUUAAUUCUGUAUACGGACCCCAGGUUGUAUAUUCUUUGGUGAGAAAAUUCAUUAACAUACACAACUAUACGACUUAAAUGGUGAUUUUAACAAAUUGAUCUUUAAUACAAUGAUAAAGUGCUGAAUGAUCUCUUGUAUAAAGGAAGAUUUACAAGAAAAUCGGUUAAAUGGAACUCAAAAACGCACUCCGCCUUUCAUCAUCAGCAGCACCCGGACCUCUCUCUCUCGCUGUGAAACUUCUUUCUGUUGCCAUAGAGACUUGAACUCUUUCGAUUUGUCUCGGAGCAUUGGCAUUCUUAUUUCUUUACCCGAAAUAAAACGUAGCUUGACGACCAACCAUUUGAUGUGCUUUAGAGACGGAAUUUCUAACUUGAGUAUAAAUUCCAGUUUUUCUUUUUUUUAAAAUUUGUUUGACCAUGGCACGUGCCCUAGCGUCCAGGAUGGGUCUGAGCUCCCUGAAGAGGAAGCAGACCAAAAGCUUCAGCGUGAGGAUCGUCACGAUGGAUGCAGAGAUGGAGUUCAGCUGUGAGGUCAAAUGGAAAGGGAAGGACUUGUUUGACCUGGUGUGUAGGACCGUGGGGCUCAGGGAGUCCUGGUUCUUUGGACUUCAGUACAAUAUAAAGGACACUGUCGCCUGGCUCAAAAUGGACAAGAAGGUCUUGGAUCACGAUGUAUCUAAAGAAGAGCCAAUCACCUUCAAUUUCCUGGCCAAAUUCUACCCGGAAAACGCAGAGGAGGAGCUUGUACAGGACAUCACACAGCACCUCUUCUUCCUGCAGGUGAAGAAGGAGAUUUUGGAUGAAGAAAUCUAUUGCCCACCUGAAGCUUCAGUCCUUCUGGCUUCCUACGCUGUGCAGGCAAAGUAUGGAGAUUAUGACCCUGGUGCGCACAAGCCUGGGUUUCUGGCUCAAGAAGAACUGCUUCCGAAGAGGGUGAUAAACCUGUACCAGAUGACACCUGAGAUGUGGGAGGAAAGAAUUGCUGCCUGGUAUGCAGAACACAGAGGGAGAACAAGGGAUGAGGCAGAGAUGGAGUAUUUGAAGAUAGCACAGGAUCUUGAGAUGUACGGCGUGAACUACUUUUUCAUUAGGAACAAAAAGGGAACCAAUUUGCUGCUGGGGGUGGAUGCUAUGGGACUUCAUAUUUACGAUCCUCAGAACAAACUCACUCCGAAAAUCUCCUUCCCGUGGAACGAAAUCCGCAACAUUUCCUACAGCGACAAAGAGUUUGCAAUAAAGCCCUUGGACAAAAAGAUUGACGUGUUCAAGUUUAAUUCUUCAAAGUUAAGGGUCAAUAAGCUGAUUCUUCAGCUGUGCAUCGGGAAUCAUGACCUGUUCAUGAGGAGGAGGAGAGUGGACUCGCUGGAAGUCCAGCAGAUGAAGUCUCAAGCCAGGGAGGAGAAGGCAAGGCAGCAGAUGGAGCGUCAGAGGCUGGCCCGGGAGAAGCAGCUGAGAGAGGAGGCGGAGCGAGUGCGAGACGAGCUGGAGAGGAGGCUGCACCAGCUGCAGGACGAGGCUCAGAUGGCCAAUGAGGCCCUGCUGAGGUCAGAGGAGACGGCAGAACUGCUGCAUGAGAAAGCCCAGAUUGCGGAAGAGGAAGCCAAGCUGCUGGCGCAGAAAGCAGCCGAGGCAGAGCAGGAGAUGCAGCGGAUCAAAGUGACGUCCAUCCGCAGCGAGCAGGAGAAAAGGCUGAUGGAGCAGAAGGUGCUGGAGGCAGAGAUGCUAGCGCUCAAGAUGGCAGAGGAGUCUGAGAGGAGGGCCAAAGAGGCAGAGCAUCUGAAGCAGGACUUGCAGGAAGCUCGGGAGUCUGAACGCAGGGCGAAACACAAGCUGCUGGAGAUCACCAGCAAGUCUGCGUACACGACGACAAAUUCCAAUGCAAAUGCCCUGCCCAUUGAUAUCCCCAGCUUUAACUUGAGCAGUGACAAUCUCACUUUCGAUUUCAAAGAUACUGACAUGAAACGUCUGUCCAUGGAGAUCGAGAAGGAGAAGGUGGAGUAUAUGCAAAAGAGUAAAAACCUGCAAGAGCAGCUGAAUGAAUUGAAAACGGAGAUUGAGUCUCUGAAGCUGAAAGAGAGAGAGACUCCCUUAGACAUCCUGCACAACGAGAAUGCAGACAGGGGAACUAGUAAGCAGAGCACCAUUAAAAAGCUCACUUUGCAAAGCACAAAAACCAGGGUUGCCUUCUUUGAAGAGCUGUAGAAAGGAUAAAGAGAUUCCUGUCAGGAUGUCAAGGAGGGAGAGCAACACGAUGACCAAAAGACCAAAGUUUACAUGGGGAUGAUGUUUACUUCCACAGCACAUGUAAAAGCUGCAGUAACUCCCAGGACCCAAGUGUUAACAUCAUAUUAAUAUUCAUCACUUCUCAUGCUUUACUGCGCCAGGCAUCAAGCCACAAGGAUGACUUCUGACAGCAGUACACUGCAAAGGCAUCUGCUAUAUAUAUAAGCUCUUAGCUGUGCUGCGGCAAUAGCAGGCAAUCAUUUUGAUCUCGUCAGGAAAGGUUAUAGUAGUCUAUAAUUCCCGUCUUUAAAAGGAUGGCAGAUUUUAGGUGAGGAUUUUUAAAAGAAAAUAUUAUUUUUUCAAUCUGGGUCUUUUAAUACCACAGUUUCUUUGCAUAUUGACUUUGACAUUUGUUUUGGUUUGUAUAAAUAACACAUUCCAAACCAAUCAAAGCAUCCAGUAAAAUGAUACACUAGUUGCAUAAAAUCCAGAAAGAACAAAACUGUUAAGACUGUAGUUUAAGAAUGCAAAGCUUGAGUUUAAUGAGUAUUAGCUUUAAAUUUAUAUGCCAGAAGUUACCUGUAUCGAAUACGAAGUUUUUUCAGAAGAAGAAUACAACACUAAUGAUUUUACUGGUCAGUGCUCAAACGUGAGCAGGGGCGCAUGUAAUGCUUUGUGUGCAAAAUGCAGUAUUUGGAUGCAGUGGUUCAAUAAGCAUACAGUCUGCACUAGACAAUUCUAUGUAUUUGAUUUUGUAUCUGCUCCUGAACAGUGCUGUUAAGAAGUGUUAAAUACAUUAAGGACAGUCAUAAUUUACUGGUACAUUAUUAAGUCCAGGACAGGAUCUUGACAAAGGACAAGGGUCUUUAAGAUGGAAAUGUGGUCCAUACGUGACGGUCAGAAAUGACAUAUUUACUAUUGAAGUUGUUUCACCUUUAAUGGAACUACCAUCGGGUAUAUUAGCAGUAAUGAACUGGUCUAUUGACGCGUUCUCUUUUUUUUCAUGUCAAUUGAAUUCUUCGUCCCGAGACUCAGUUUUGCUAAGUUUAAGGCCCUACUUUGCAUCAAAUUUUUAAUGCGAGCGCCAUAUUUAAACAAUAUAUGUUUUAAUACAUAUUAUAACACGUUGUGUUUGGGUUUUUUUAAAUUUUUUUCCCCUCUAUUUUGGUCUUCACUUGUCCCAUCUUGCUGACCCUCGGCCCUUAUACGGACUUAUCGUUACUUCUGGGCAUUUUCAAACACUCAUUAAUUGCAAUAUACCUCUUUUUUGAAUAAAGUGCAACAGCCAGUGAAUUAUUUUGAGAUAUCUCUGUAAUGAAGGAAAUAUUAGAAUGCAGAUUCUAGGGCAAUAAUCAUUGAAGUGAACGUCCCUGUUUGGAACAGAAAUGCUAUCUGCUGGACUAUACUGGGUAAAACCUUUUUCAAAUCUUGUGUACACUAGCAAAACAAUCUGGGACUAAACCAGCUAUAUAUAUAUAUAUAUAUAUAUAUAUAUAUAUAUAUAUAUAUAUAUAUAUAUAUAUAAUUUAGAUGUCGGUGAGAAGAGAGAAAACACACUGCCAGACUAUAUAUCGAAUUUUAGUGUUCAUUGUGGUUUUAUUAAUUAAUAAAUAAAUAAAUAAAUAACA